AUGGAUGCGCCCAAUCUGCCUCGCCCAAUCGAAAUCGCUCACCAGGCGGAGCGCGAGUUUGUUGAAUUGCUACUCAAUUGGGAAUCGGAUAUCGCUCAUGGGGUUUUUAAUUCCUGUGCAGCCGCCACAUCCACCCCAGUGUCUUCCUCAACGGACGGAGUCGCGAAACCUGUGUGGACUGUGUCCGCGCAAGUGCGAGGUCAACUGGCCAGUUUGUUACGAUAUCUUCGUUCUACAGUCUCUGCUGACCGUAUUUCCGAGGCCGAUCUGCUUCGAGUUCGUCACAAGCUCCAGGAGAUCGAGCGCACCCGGGCACAAGCUCGGGAACAUGCUCGCGCACGGGAGGAGGUGGAGGAGCGCAGACGUCGGAGACAGGUAACGCAGUGCUUAAAACAGAUUGCAGAAUCAACAGAUCAGUUAGAAGAAAAUUUGGCCACACUGGCCAAUGCAUUGGAAAUUCUGGUCCCCGAUCCAUUCGCUGAGCAUUCCGAUCACAUAUCUUCGCCAGAGCCACAGUCUCGUGGGUCGGUGUCGGACGAACAACUUCGCCUGCAUGGUCACAUUUUGGGCAGUUCCAGUGGCGCGGGCCUUAUCAGUGCUCGAGGUGUUGUUGAAGUUCGCUUACCCGGGUCUAUGAUGAUUUCCGACCGAGCUCACAUUCCGGUCCCCGUCGAACUAAAUGAGGAUAUUCAAACAUUGGCUGACACGGCUCAGGAAUGUGCUCGGCUCGCCCGAGACAAACAUCGUCCGUUACUUGCGGACUGGAUUAAGGUACUUGAAUCGGCCAAUUCUGACCACUCGACAGAUUCCACUCUGAACACCAAAUUAUCUGAAUCACUGAAUCGGGUUCGUCGAUGGUCGGCCCGUGUCAAUCAAUUGACACAUUUAUUUUUCGAUCGAAUCGUUUGGACUAGGAAUGGCGUUCCCUUAAAAUCCGCCCCGGAGAAACAAACGGUAGACGUAAAUACAUCGGAUGAGUCGAGUGAUGCGAGUGAUAUGGAAGAGGUUGCCGCACUAAGUCCGCUUCGUGUGCAUUCUUCGGCGGCGACCAAUUCCAUGAAGUCUACUACCGUGCCUGAAUGCAACGGCGGAGAACUAUCCAUCGAACUGGAGUCAGCUCCAGACAGCUCGACAAAGGACAGCAUAGAUGUGAAAUUGAAAAAUAAAUCUUCGGACGACGCAUCAACGAAACCACCACAUCGACCGCGGUCUACCGUGGCUUUGGAUUUGUUCGAAGUUGUUCCGACUAAAUCAAGUGUGGUUUGGCGUGCGAACGAAUCAGCUCAUCGAUUCUGGCGUCCAAUCGAUCCCGAGGAACACGAGGCCCAACCGGAAUACAUGAGUGAUGCGAUUAGUUUGUCCGUCCCAGCUAGUUCAUCUGGAACAGCGGUCGUACAGCAGGACACCGCGAUGGGAGACUCCGCCUCUAAAUCACCUGAUGAUGUUGAUGACAAGGCGUGGUCCGAUGAACCGGGUGAGAAUUUGCCUCUGAGCAGUGUUUAUCUUCGCGGGUAG